UUCAGGAUUAUAAUUUCAACAUUGGUUGUUUGCUACACGGCGGGUUUUGGAAUUGAAGGUCACUCCAAGCAAGUUAUUGAUGUCUAGCUUUAAUUAGUCUGUAUGGGGCAUACCCUUAUUGAAUUGGAAAGUCCACUGGUUCUGGUUCUCUGAGCAAAAUAGCCCCGAAAUUUUUCUGGAUAUCGUCAUUUAUUUUAUGCAGUUCAUUUCUACAAGUUCUUGCAAACAAUGGACGAUCGACCGGUUAGUGGUGUCGGCGCUUACAAAAUUAAUUGGGAUGAAAUUGAUGAAAUGUCAAAUCCAUUUGGAAGUGGUGGUAUAGGUCUUCCAGCUAAAAAUCAACCUAAGUCUGUUACUAAAUCAUCCGCCCAAGGAGAUCGCCCAAACGAUAACAUAAAUCAACCAACAAAUUUAUCAGUUGACUCCAAUCCUGAGAAACUACCAAAGAAAUCUUUACAGAACCCUCAACCGCUACCCAAACCUCUCCCCAAGUCUAAUAACUCUACUGAAGUCAAGCAAUCCCUGAGUCCCCUGUCGUCUGAAGCGUCGCCUGUGGUGGUGAACGGACAGGACGUGCCUAAAGACGUCCAAAAGGGAAAUGUUCCUCAUUGUAAUGGUGAACUGCCUUUAACUCCAGUUCCCCAAUCAGUCCCAUCUCCUGAAGAGAUAUGUGAAGCAUUACAAAGUGUUAUUGAUCUCCAGUCUGACAUACCUCCUGAUGUUGGUAAUAACUUAGAAGUUGCACAAGAUCAUUCUAACGAAUCCGAUCCAAGUUUAGGUGAAACUAUGGAAAAUAAUGUUGAAAGCAAUAACGUUAUUCCUGAUGUUAUGCAAACUUCACGUAUUGAUUCAUCAACUCGACCAGCAUCACCAGCUCAAGCUGGAAUGCUCAACAAAUCAGAUACACCUUUAGUAAAUGGAAAAGAAAACUCUCAGCUACCUCCUCAAUAUCCGUUUAAAUCAUCACGAGAUUCUAAAUCAAAUGAUACAGAAUUAAUUACACUACGCAAGGAACGAGAUCAACUUUUAACUACAAUUGAAGAGAUGAAACAUUGUAUCACAGAGUAUGAUCGUAGUUUACAGCAUAUGGUUGAAGAGAAAGCUCAUAGUCAAAGAGAAGUCAAUAUUCCAGUAGCUGAUUUAAUUAAAGAACGGGAUGAAGCUGUAGAAGAGUUAGCUACUAUUGAGAAAGCUUUUGGGGAUUUACACAGACGUUUUGAGAAAUCAAAACAAAUUAUAGAGGGUUUUAAACAGAAUGAAGAGGCUCUAAAAAAGAGCAUCGAUGAGUAUAAAAAUUUAUUACAACGUCAGGAAAGAAAAUAUUUAGCUUUGAAAAAACACGCUGAAGAUCAGUUGUUAAAAGUAAAUCAAGAUACAGAAGGAAUAAAACAAGAAUAUGAAACAAAUCUAACUCGAUUACAGGCUUCAUUAAGAAUUUCUGAACUUCAAGUUAAGAGUCUUGAAUCUCAGUUACAGCAAAAGACUCGUGAAAACGAAGAAUUAACUAAAAUAUGUGAUGAACUAUUAAGUAAAUACGGUGGAAUAACAUGAUGUCAUCAUGAAAAUGUUACAGAUAUUAUUUGUGUAUAAUAGAAAACAAAUGAUGAGUUUUCAAUUUAUUUUAUUUUUCAAAACAUUUUUUCCUACAUACGUAAAUCGUCAUCUAGACGACGACGAAGAAGAACAAAAUGACAAUGUAGAAUCAGGAGUUAUUGAUGAAGAUAUCUACCCAUAUACAUAUACAUAAAAUAGGAAGAAAUUCAUUAACUGUUAUUAUUUUUGUCCUCAUUUCCACCUCCAUUUGAAUGUGUUUUUGUGUGUAUAUUGAAAUAAACAUUUUCUCUCUUACCUAACGCUUACGCCAUUUAGUAUAUAUAUAUAUAUAUAUACAGAGAGAGAUGCAUCUGUAUGUUUUGUGUUGUUGAUUGCUUUCGUUUGGUUUGGUUUAUUGUUAAGUGCCUAAUGCAUUUUUUAACUCAUUUAAAUUCUGUGCUUAAAAGUGGAAACAAAGAAGAUUUAAUAUGAUGAUACAACACUAUCAAAAAUCUUAAUUUGUAAACUAUAGAUCUUGAUUUCUGUUGUUAUUGUUGUUUAAUCACUGUUCAGUCUUGAAUACUUUUGACUGUAAUAGUUGCGACACUUGAAAGUACUUUCCUUUUAUCAUUAUAUAUAUAUGGACCCAUACACACAUACCAACUAACUUAGACUGUUAUAUUUAUCUACUCGGGCAGAUAUCACUCAAAUAUAAUACAUUGCAAAUAAAAUUAUAUC